UUAGGCAAAUUAAAGAUAACAAACGAAGCUCUUGCACUGCAUCAUGUAAACAGACUUAAAAGAAAAUGAAAGUUAUUGGUACUAACAGAAUUCAUUAAAAAUGAAGAUUUUAUGUUUGCGCAGAGAUGAAAAGCAGAGUGCUCCAGACUUGAGAAAGCCCUAAAUGACUAUUAAAAACAAGAAAACGUUGCUUUUGCUAUGGAGCCAACUGCCAACACAGAGCAAAGCCCACUUGGUACUGCCAACUAUUCAUGCGGUGGCUUAGCUAUUUCAGCCGGCACAGGUUCUUUCCACUGGUGUAUCCUUCUUCUAGAACUCUGUGGUACGCGUUAUUAAAGACGUUGUACGACCUCAGUGCACGUCUCAUUGCUCGCGCAGGCGUUCGCGGCGCUGUUCGGCAGGUACGACUUCCUCUCCCACGACCGAAUGACCCACUUCAUCGUGACAACCAUAUGCCGCUACCCUGUGACCCGGGCCAUUUGUCCAUGGAUCAUAAAUGUUAUCGCCGGCCAGCAGACUCGACCAAUCAAUGCGACUCGCAUGCCCGUUUUUCUAAAGGACACUCCUGCGGGGACAUCCUACAAGAAUAUGAAGCACAUGGGUCAGGUCUACACAACGAGGCGCUUUGGAAAGUUUGACUACGGAGCGCAGCGCAACAUAGAAGUCUACGGGAAGGCGACGCCCCCGGAAUACGACUUCCGACGCGUGUCGGCGCCUGUGGCCCUGUUUUGGAGCCAAGCGGACGCCCUGGUUUCGGCCGAGCACAUGGCUACCCUCCGUGAGAAGCUGCCCAAUCUGGUGCUCGACUUCCGGGUGGCGGACGAUCGGUUCAGCCACCAGGAGUUCGCCAUCGGAGUCACCGCCAAGGAAGCCGUGUACGAUGACUUGGUGGACAUCAUGAAGUGCUUCUCCGGACAGGGUUAGGAAGUGACGCGCGUUUACGAGCGGCUCGACAAGUAUUAUCCGGAAAAGUUGAUUCACUCGGACAGCGGCCAUCGCUACUCGAGGCGAUUGAUAUCAACACUAACGGGGUUAGAUUGCAAGCAUGUCAGAUUCAAGGAGUAAUUUGGCCCGUGGCCAAGGAGUGUCAUGCAAAGGUGCCUUAAGCGGACACUAGAGAUCAAAAUGGGUUGAGCUCUAUUAGUCGACUACCGUUAUAAAAUACCAGAAGGAUCACUACGAUCAUGAGAGGAGGCUUUAUGAGUCGGAAAAGAACAAAAAAAGAAAAAAAGAAAAAGAAGACACAAGUGGCGACGCCGUUUUCGAUUUGUCGCACCAGCCAUGACGUCAUGGAUUUUGGCAGCCUCUUCUCGGCUCUAGUGUUUUUUUUUGUUUUUUGUUUUUAAAUCGGUGAACAUGAACUAUAUUGCAUUCUAUAGGAGCGAGAGAGUGAGUUUUAGUUUAUGGAACAGUUUACUGCUCAACAACUGCCCAUAUGCGAGGAAUCGCGUCAAAAGUCAUGACGUCACGCUGACGUAUGGGCGCUGGGGCUUCGUUGAAAAGUUAUAAAAAUGGAAGUUUGAUCUUAAUUUUCUUUUUUAAUAAUAAAUACGCUACGGCGAAAUUAACGAACAUAAAGUUCUGAAAAAAUACUUUAUCAGAUAAAACUAACUUAGUGUUUCCCUUUAGUAUCCUCUUAUAAAGAUUUCCAGGGGUCAUGCAGGAACAUUACAUUGGACGGCAUUAUUUGAUGUCACGCAAACUAUUGCACACAUCUUUCGCAAUAUUCAAGAUAUACAAGUGUUAAGUAGAUAUUAUAGUGCUUUUUAUUUAUGCGGUUGUUUUGUUAUACAAUAGCGUUGCGACACAUUGUAUCAAUGGUUGUUGCUUUUAAUGUUAUUUUGUCAUGUUUUUGCGUUGUUAUGACUUUGAUACGUUGUAAAAUCAUUGUUUGGGCAUUAAUUGCAACAAGCUUUUUAUUCCACAUGAACUAUGUGUAUAAAAUGAUAGAGAUAUACGUAUAACAGUGUGUAGCCCUCCCUCUUCAUAGCGCAAGAAGUAGGUGGCACGCCGUCUUUGGGCGCGAACAUAUCCUUUUUAUCAUUCUAGUUAAGAAUGAAAAAGAGGCGCGGAUUUUUUUAGCAGAAAAUUUCAUAGGCGCUUCGUCGAUGGUGCAAGGGUGCUUUCGUUAGGUUCAGGGGCAGAGCUAAGAGACCCGCUUGAGGAAAACGAAGAAUCAAGCUGGAGCUGUAGACGUCGCAGUUAUGGUAUUAUCGUAUGACGUCACAGAUUCCACAAUGUCUUUCCGGAUAUGAAUGCUUUCGCACAGGAAAGGUCUGCAGGAGGUCCCAUGUUGGGUGUUUUGUUUCGAAGGAACGAUGAUAAUUUCUGACGAAAAUUUAACCAGCGCAAACUGUAGCCGUUGUAAGAGUCGUUAUUGUGAAAGGCAGGUGCUCUAGAGAAUACAGGUAGAACUCGGCUUCGCUAUUCAUAUUAUCUUAGGACACACUGACGCACCCCAAUAAGCUUCCUGGGAACAUUGCUGUGUGAGAAAUGCAAUACACCACUGAAAAAUUCUGGGAAGGCUAGUUCGUUCUUCGUCAUAGAUGUGGAGUUGUACUGCACAGUUGCAAUUAUGCCGUGCAAUUUCACGUCACUGAGUGAUCUGCGAACACCUAGCUUGACCUAGUUUGACCUAGCUGACUGAGUACCUCGCUCGUAUGUCCCGUCAACGUGAUUAGUAACAAAUGCCGUCUGAUCGAUGAUGGUUAUACAAUGUAUAGAGCCGCUGUGCCAACGCGGACGAGCAGUUGGGUAUGUGGACGGAAAGCGCAAGGGUUGGAGGUAUGCAGUGCAUUCAACUUUUUUUGUGUGUGUAUGUGGAUUGUGCCAAAGAAUAUUCCCGUUGAAAGCCAUAAAGACUGCCACUGCAGCUUGCAGGUUUCUCGAUCCGUCCGUACAAAUUGAAUGUCGCAGCUAGUGAUGUGACUGCCCACGGACCUACGCAUUCAAAAUAAACGGAUGAAGAU